AUGUCUCCAAUUCAGCUAUCGACGUUUCCAUCAUCUGUAGACGCGCUCUCUUGGUCCCCAGAUGGCGAUCUCGCUGUUGCCGGCGGUGAUCAUGUUAGAAUUCUGACUUCUACCGUUAACAGCGGUGGCACAUUGAUCAAGCAACGUUGGAAUCAGUGGCAUCCUACAAAUGUCCAAACUAACCGCUUCACCAAUGCGGAAUGGCCAACGAUCCUCACCCAAGGUCGCGAGGACUUUUCAAUCGCAGCUGAGCAAUCGACAAGUUUGACUACAGCUAUUGCAUGGUCACCAUCCGGUCUGGCCCGAUACCGCCGUAGUGUCCUGGCUGUGUUGACAUCUAAUCUCCUUCUAUCCAUUUGGGAGCCAGCUGGUGUCAAUGGGCAGUGGGUCCGGGUUUGUCUUGUCAACCAUUGUCUUUUCGCCACUACUCCAGUCAGACUGGAGGGCACUGAGCUUCGCAAAGUGAACAUUCGUUCAUUCAAGUGGUGUCCACCCAUUCGUGUGUCACCUCAUGGCGGCAGCUCCGAUGACUCCGACCCUGAAAGCCGCUGGGGCAUCCACCUCAUUCUUGUGGCUAAUGAUCUGAACGAAGUUGUUCUGCUACAAAUUCGCCGCCGUUCCAACCCCGAAACCGUUUCUCAAACUAUUAUCACCGAGAAGUUGGCUACCCACACCGUGGUAGUGGGAGAUGGCGAGUUUCCAACGGCCGGUCGAGGCACUCUGUUAUAUGCAGCUCUUCAGGCCCAAGCCCGCAUCACCGCACUGUCGUGUGGCCCUUGGAUCGUCUCUUCCGUUCCAGGGAAUAACUCCGUUCAUACUGCAGACACAUUAGUUGCUGUCAUUCUUGCCAACCAGCUUCGGCUGCUCAAGGUCACCGUCACCUUGACCGAAUACGACAGUGACAAAAAAGUGACACCUCGUUUUGAGACCAAGGCUUUGUUCCAAGAAUUUGAAAUAAAUCCCUCCCCUGUGAAACUGGUGCAACAUCGCUUGCAGGGCCCACUAGAAUGGAUCUACGAGGACGAAUCCCCGAAAAUUAUUCUUGCAGUGUGCACAAAUUCUGAUUUUAUCACCGUGGAAAUCCCCAGAUCCUCUUACUCUGCGAGUGAACCCGCCAGCAAUAAGGUUGAAACCUGGGAAUGGGAUAUUUCGUCUCUUCCUGCCGAGGAUGGAGGCCCUGGAAAGCCCCAUUACGAACGCGUUUCUGGCAUGACCGUCUCACGAGAUGAGCACAACACUUCCACCGCCCUUAAUGUGGGCACUCAUGGAGGAUUAGGUGCCGUCAUCAGUCUCAAAGACAUAAUCAGUAAAGGCAGUCUAGUCAUCCCGCAGUGGUGCAAAGAUAUGAACAAUUUCAGAGAUUGCCAUGCUCAGAAGCAAGGCUGGGAAAAUUUGACAGUCGCGCGAAUUUGGGGACUGGGAUCGUGGCGCAGCGUGACUGCCGUACUCUUUACCACACAUCCCACCGAUAUGAUUGAGUAUCGGAUUGGUACUGGCAAUUACUCUUACAUUGAGAUCGCCGGUGCAUGGAACACAGAAAUGCUAUUUCGCCCCGAUCCGAAGCAUAGUGACCCGGAAUAUGCCCGCCGACAGCGGGAGAAAGUGAUCACUUUUGUGCUAUCCCAUGUUGAUAACCUCAACAGCGAGGAUAUUGAGGACCAGAAGAUGGUAUACCAUGCAGCCUGCUGUGCCAUUGCCGAUGGUCAGCCUGAAGCCGUCCUUUCUCAGGCUCGUAAAUGUUUUGAAAGAUUGGCAGUUGUGACCGGUGCAGACAUGAGUGAGGAGAUGUCGAAAUGCGGUCUCAAAUCCGCCAAAAUCUUCGCAAAGCGAAUUGAGAAGCAGUCUCAACCUGGCGGGCAUUUGUUUGAAUGGUGUGGAAUUUGCGGCGACGGUGGUAUCGCCUGGUCGGCCGCCACAGUUGCCCAAUGUGUGAAUGGACAUGCUUUCGCUCGCUGUGGAUUGAGUUUCCAGAUCAUCCAAAGUGCAGAUGUCUCCAAAUUCUGCUUGGCAUGCCGAAAGGAGUAUGUGGACGAGGACUUGGUCUCUCUUAAUAAUGGCCCUCAGGGACGGUUGUUCCUGAAGGAGUUCCACAAGUUCGAUACAUGCAUCUACUGCGGCGGAAAGUUUGGUCCCUUCGUCGCCUGA